GUACAGUACCUGGGAACCAGAGGAUAAUAUUUUGGACCCACGCCUCGUCCUGGCCUACGAGGAGAAUCAGGAGAAGAUCAGAGCUCUGGCCUAUCGAAGGAAAGGUCUCAGACCGAGGAGGCUCGUCCUGCGGAACAUCUUCGCAAUGGACCUCCGCAGCACCCACAAGGAGGCGGAGAAGCCCCCUCCCCGCCUGCGCCUCUCCCUCACUCGCUCCAUGAGCACAGACGUGGACCAGGGCGAGCGAGGGGGCGUGUACCACCGGUACACCUGGGGGAAGACAAAGCACAGGGCAUCCAGGAGGACCAUCCGACCACCAGAGAAGAAGAAGGAGGACGAGGACGAGUGGAGCAGCGAGGAAGAGGAACGUGACUGCGUGACGGACGACAGGCGUGAAGGCAGCCUGUACGCUCCGUCCGUGUGCAGCUCGCCGCCCAUGCUGGAGCGACAGGACGUGGAGCUGGAGGUGAUGGAGGAGGAGGCGGAGCACCUAGGAGGUGGAGCCAAAGAGGCGUGGACUGACCGAGAAGAAAUGUCAAAGAUGCAAACAUUUGAGUGCGACCAACCAGAGGUCAGCGUCUGUGUGCCGGAGGAGGGGCCAGAAGACGCUGUUACCGGGGACGACGACACAUUCUGGGGCGGAGUUGAGGAGGAGGUGGAGGCAGAGUGUCCCACGUUGGACAGAAACGACAACACGACCUCGAUAACAACGAGCAUGACAGCCGAGGAGAGAGAGGAGGAUGUUACCAGGGCAACACCAGGCAUUGAGGCUCCUCCCACAGCAGCAGAGCAUGCUGGGAAGGUGAUCGUGACAAAAGUGACAAUCGACUCGCUCACAGUGACUUUCAAAGAAGCAACGGUGGCCGAAGGUUUCUUUAAGAAGUACUAAACGAUCGUCUUUAGAUUUUAUACGCUCAAUAAUCUCGUAUGUCAAAUAGUUUACAAACGUGCCCCGGCGUUCUGCGGGGUCCCAUGGCGUUCAAUGAAGGCGUUGUUGCCUUUGAAUACAACGAGUGCUUCUAAAUCUCGCUGGCUCAUUUCUCAGGCGAUUAAAAAGCCUGGGGACCAAACUUUCUCACGUCUACUUCCAUGCAGUUUUCAGGAUGCUCAGACGCCCCCCCUUUCCUAAAGUUAGUCCUUCCUGCACUUCCACGGCGCUCGCUGCAUGCCCGUCAGUCUCCACAGAGCAGUAGAGACGGUUAUUUCUGUCACAAAGGGAUCCAGACAGAAAGAAAGCUUCACAGGGUUUCGUUUGGUUUUUAGUAUAAUCUGCUUCCUGGUUCUAUUUUUGUAUUUCCAGCUGACGCUCUGUUUUUAUUCACACUGCUCUGUAAGCUUUUUAUUUAUGGCAUGAAGUCUCAAUGUGUAAACUGUCCUUCAUUUCUAUUUCAUUUACAAUAAAUAUGUACAAAACU